AUGAAGAAGGGGACACAGAAGCUGGACCUACAGAGGCUGCUGGACAGGCCUCCAGGGACUUGGCCAGGGGCGGGCGGGCCCGUGGGCCGAGGGAGGGACCGGCGGGGCUGCGCUCAGGACAGCGAUGGCCACGUGGACGAGAACCCAGACGACGCCCGUCUCCGCUCGUCUCGCGGCAGCACCGAUGCCCCCGGCUCCAGGGGCCACUUCUCCGCGAUGGGAAAACCAAAAUUGCGGGGCGGACAAGCCAGCUCCCCGCAACCAAGCCGCGACCGAAGCGGGCCAGGCGGGCAGGCGGCUCCUAACUGCGCCUCCGCGGGCGGGACGGGCUUCGUGCUCGCGCGGGAGGAGCUGCGGCCCCGCGGCGGCCCCAGCGGAGCGCAGCCCGCCGAGCGCGGCGUCGUGCACCUCACCAGGCUGGGCGCACCCUGGGAGCUGCUGGUGCUCCGCGCCAGGGACCUGAGCCUGCGGGCGCCGCGGCAGGCGGGAGGGGUGGGCGGCGGGCGGGGUCGGCCGGGGAGGCGGAUUCUUCCAGGGGCCGGUGACCCCGCCCUUGUCCCCCAACCGGACCUGAACGGGUCGGCAGCGCUGCUGCGGCGCCUGCGCCUGCGCCACCCUCUGCAGCAGCACGUGCCCGACAAGCCGCGGGACUUCUGCACGCGCCCCUGCCGCGCGCCAAGCUGCACAGGUGGGGCGGGGCGGGGCCUCCCAGUGGGCGGGGCCUCCAGAUUCCUGGGCAGUGACUCCCACGACUCCUACUUUUCCAACACGCAAAGGCACCGAGUGGUGGCAGAGAUCCUGGCCCGCACAGUCUCUGGGAAGCAGAAACGGGCAGAGAUGGGCAUUGCCUGACUGCUGGGGGGCGUCUACACAGCAUUCCCACUGCAUGAGGGCUUCUCUGAACUGCCCGGGUACCAGGUGCCUGGUGCAGACCUCAACCCUCGUCAGUUGCUGUACUUAUACUGGGCCCGCUGGGGAUGCUGGCACAAGUACCAGCCCCUGGACCAUGUCCGAGAGUACUUUGGGGAGAAGGUGGCCAUCUACUUUGCCUGGCUAGGCUUCUACACAGCCUGGUUGCUGCCUGUUGCCCUUGUGGGCACCCUGGUCUUCAUCUCUGGCCUUGCCACCAUGGGCACCAACACACCAGCGGAGGAGAUCUGUGCCAGUGGGGGUGCCUUCCUCAUGGGCCCACUCUGCGAUACCUGUGCCACGUGGAAUAUUUCUGAGAUCUGCUCCAUGGCCAAGCUGGGCUACCUCUUUGACCAUCCGGGGACUGUGUGACUCAGCACCUUCAUGUCCUUCUGGGCCAUGGCCUUCCUGGAGCACUGGAAGCGCAAGAGCAUCACCCUGGCUCACCACUGGGACUGCAGUGACUUCCAGGAAGAGGAGGAGUGCCCAUGCCCAGAGUUUGCUGCCCUGGCCCCACACAUGGCCCAGAACCCAGUGACAGGCCUGAAUGAGCCCUACUUCCCGAUAUGCACCCACCUUCCACGCCUGCUCACCGGCUCGGCGGCCAUCCUCAUCAUGCUCUGCGUGGUGAUGAUUUUCCUGGUAUCUGUCAUCAUCGACCGUGGCAUCGUCAGCAUUGCUAUGUUCCACACGGGCAACCCUGUCCUCAUGACACAAGCUGGCAACAUUGCCAACAUCAGCAGCACUGUGCUCAACCUGGUGCUAAGCCUCCUCUUGGGCCAGGUCUAUACCUCGCUGGCUGAGCAGUUCACCAGGUGGGAAAUGCACAGAACCGAGACCCUCCAUGAAGACGCCUUCACUUUCAAAGUCUUCAUCUUCCAAUUCGUCACUUUCUACUCUUCUCCCUUUUAUGUGGUCUUCAAAGGCAGGUUUGUGGGGUACCCUGGUCAGUACGGCACACUGCUUGGCAUGCGCAACGAAGACUGCGGCCCUGGCGGCUGCCUCCUGGAGCUUGCUCAGAGGCUCUUCACCAUCAUGGUGGGCGAGCAGCUGGUCAGCAACGUGCAAGAGUUCGUCUUGCCAUGACUGAAGGGCUGGUGGCAGAAGAGGCAGCUGGCUGGGUUGCUGGGCACCGAGAUCGCGCAGGAGCUUUGGCGUUGGGAGGACUAUGAGCUCAUCCAGCGUGAGGGCCUGUUUGAUGAAUACCUGGAGAUGGUGCUGCAGUUUGGCUUCAUCACCACCUUAGUGGCCGCCUUCCCACUGGCUCCCUUGUUUGCUCUGCUCAACAACUGGGGGGUGGAGAUCCGUCUGGACGCCCACAAGUUGGUGUGCGGGUACCGGCGGCCGGUGGCUGAGCCGGCACAGGGCAUCGGGAUCUGGCUGCACCUGCUUGAGGCCAUGGCCCACCUUUCGGUCAUCGUGAAUCUGCCCGCGGGCGUGGCCGUGGCCCGGAAGAGCGCGAGCCGGGCCCUGGCCCGGGCUUUCCUGCUCGCCCCCACCUCGGGCUUCCUGCCGCGGCUCCUGUACCAGGCCUUUCCCGACGCGCGGGGAAACCUCACCCUCUGCUACUGGCAACGGCAGGCUGUGCGUCUGGGCUCCAUCAUCGCUUUCGAGCACGUGGUGUUCUUCUUCCUGCGCCCCAUCGCCUGGCUCGUGCCCCCCGACGUGCCAGCCGCCCUGGCCACCGAGAUAAAACGCGAGCGCUGCUGGGCCAAGCGGGCGCUGGCGGGCAACCGCGGGGCGCUGCUCUCGGGCGGAGCCCGGCCCCACCCCUGA